CCCAAAUAAUCAUUAAAUCCAUUUUUAUUUCCGUUUUGAUUUCUCGAUUCAAAUCCAAAGAAGACUAAAAAAGGGCCCUCCCCUCCCUUCAGACGCCCUUUCCGACCACGACCAGCCUUAAAACAUCAACCUUCACCUACCACGUACUACUACUAUCACUACUACGACCCAUUCGCAUGACUAGUAUAUGACCAGCGGUCCAAGACGAUCCCUGAUUAUUACUUCACUCUGCUCUCAAACCUUGUCUACCUACUUAUUCCCCAAAGUCAAUUAUUGUUGGAUGGGCCCGUCCCUCGACAUCGUCAUUAGAUCAUUGACUGGCUGACGUCGAUCAUUCGCUACCCUCCUGGCCGGAUCUGGAAGUAUAGCUCGAUCUAGUACGAAAGAGACCGAAAAAGACAAAGUCACCACUACCACACCACUCAACUCUCCUCUUGAAUUGCUCUAUUCAUCUGCUUCAUACUUCUCUUCCCCUCAUACUCUAUACUUCCGCCCUUUCAUUCAACCCUCUUCCACCACACAUACACACCAUGGCUGCCCGACAAUCAACACCAUCCUCCGAUCACUCGCACUCAGAUGGCGUCCGCAAGCGCGUAUGCAAAGCUUGCGAUCGUUGUCGUCUAAAGAAAUCCAAGUGCGAUGGAAGCAGCCCAUGUUCGCGCUGUCGAGCAGACAAUGCCAUCUGUGUCUUCGGAGAGCGAAAGAAGGCCCACGAUAAAGUGUACCCCAAGGGAUACGUUGAGAUGCUCGAGCAGCAACAAGUCUGGCUCGUCCACGGCCUCCAAGAACUAUACCGCCGCAGCACCGAAGGCGAAGGCUGGCCAGGCGACCUCCUCAAGCCCGAACCAAACGGUCACCCCCUCACCCACGAUCUCCUCACCCGCCUCGGCGCCUUAGACCACUCCAAGGGCGAACGCUUUGAAGAAAACCCCGAAGUAAUGCAACACGACCUCUGGCGCAACGGCAUGACCCGCCAGGAUUCCACCGAUGGCUCAACAGAUAGUCCACACAGCCCCGUCGCACGCUCCCGUUUCUCUUCAGACGCCUUCUCCUCGCACUCGCAGCAAACCAUGCCGCCCACACCACCGACCUACAGUCCCAGCAGCCGCACCGCGCCUAUGCAACAACAGAUCAAGGUCGAGCCGACGAUGAGCACCGCGCCCACGCCGCAGUCGCAAUACGCAUUGUCCAUGCAGGGUGUUGUGAAUCCGCUUGCGCUGCAGGGCGCGCCGCAGUGGCCUGGGAAUAAUGGUGGAUUCAACCCGUUUGAUGAGAUGGAUUUGAUGGGUUCGGCCGAUUAUACGAAUUUCAACUUUGAGGAUCCGAUUCCUUCGCCUAUGUUUCAUCGCCAGAUGCCUAUGAAUUGUGUGCCGAGCGGGGAUUAUGAUGAUUUCAAGGAGUUUUUGAAUCCGAAUCCUACGGAGAUUACUUCGAUUUAAGUGAAGCAGCAGCAGCAACGGCGACAGCUCUUCAUCUUCAAAAAACCUAACGCCGUAUGACGUGAUGCAUGUAUACUAUACAUGUUUUCUUUGGUUUUCUUUUUUUGAGAUUUUCGUGUAUGGGGCUAUUAUCCCUCGUACACUUUCUAUUUGGUGGAUUGGUCUUGAGCAAUUGCGAUCCUAAUCAUCCUGUACAGUGCUGGGCUCGGGAGGGGAUUCUGGUUUUUGUGGUUCUGGGUUUGGUUUUCUUCUUUUUCAAACUGGAGUUUGAGUUAAAAUGGGGUUAUCGCGGCGUUUUGAUCUAUUCUUUUCUUCUUUACACUUCUUGUCUGGUUUUAUCUGACGAAUCCAUUGGAUUUCUAUCUCUCUUCAAAUUCUCAUCUCUACGACAAUUACA